AUGUCGACCUCUUUUCUAACUCGUGGUUUAUCGUCGUUUCUGUUUAAAUCGUUUGCAAUCGGAUCAUCUAGCGCCGCGGGUCGGAAUGCUGGUCCCAAUCAAUCGUUAUUCCAUUCCACCAGCAAUACCGAACCGGAUGAUUCCAUACACUUUGAUAAGCUUCAAACAGUUCCCAGUGCUUGCAUCCAACUGUUUGUUACAAUUGCACUGACGAUCAUCUCCGUUAUAUAUACGCUACAGCAAUGUGAUACCACAACGGUGUGUUUAUAUUACUACAUGCUGCUCUACCUACGUGGCGUCUAUUGGGCGAUUGUUUACUUAAUCCACUUGUACACCAAAAGCCGACACCUAUAUCUGAACCGCUGUGGUCACCAUUCCUUCGCUACCAAAGUUCACCGGCACAAAAAAUCUUCCCUGAAGCUGGUGACGCUAUCGAACACGAUCCUGCUGAUAGUGCACACGGCAUUGGGACAUUCCUUUGGGGAAACGUUUAUGCAACGUUGCUUUGUGGAUGGGUUUUCGUCCGUGGUAUUUGUAGCGUCUUUCACCCUUCUCGAAACUAUGAUUAUUGUACCAGUACAGCUAUCCUAUAUCGUUCACGUUCGAGUGUUCAAUCUCACACGUCCAAUGCCGGACGCGCAGCAGAGUGCCAACGAUUUGAGUCUGCGUAUAUGCCCCACGGAGGAAUACAGCGUUAACGAUAGCUUCAAAAGCAUAACGGAUCCGAAGGAAUUCAUUCUGCUGCAAUCGGCGAUGAUAAGCAAGCUAAAGGAGGAGAACAGUCAGCUUUCUAGCAGAAUUCAGGAGGCAAAAAAUCUGGUGGAACUCGUUCCGAACCAAUCACUUAACUACUCGCUGGCAGAACAAUCAAUCGUUGGAGGGUAUUGA